ACAUAUUUAACCAUGAAAAUGUCGAGCAAACAUCGCACUUUUUCGCUAGCACGCAUGCUACAAUUCACACGUUGAAUAACUUAUCAAGUUUCGCUUCAUUCUAGUUAAAUAGAUAUACAUCCUCUCGUUCACUUCACCUGUGGGGCACAUGUUGUACGCAUAAAACACCUGCCCGGCAAGGUGAACAAGCUUAAAAAUAUUCUUAUCUACGUGCAUACGGGUGUACAUAGGAAAACAUAAAAUUGUUGUCCCUGGUGGGUACUACUAUUAUCCUAUCCAGAGAUGUGGAAAGCGGCGAAUGUUUCUUACACAAGAUACGCCUCUGAAAUGGCGGACAUUUUGAGGAAGUGUUUGAAAGACCCAUAUUCUGACAUAGCCUUGGAAAGGAGUAAAAUGCAUCUGCGGGAGACAAUAUACAAGGACGGAAAACCAAUCAGUCAGGAGCUACAUGAAGAAUUUCAGAAGGCCUUCAAAAGUUUGACAAAUAGUAAGGAAUGAACGGGGGAGAAGAUAGCAAAGAGGAACAAACAGUAGGACAUCCUGGACGGAAAAGACAAAAAUGAGAGAACUCUCCAAAAUUGUUAACAUAUGUUUUACCCAAAAAAGGUAAUAUUUGUUAUACUUAAUUUGUAUACAUCGUGUGGAAGUGUCCUCUAAGACGUUCGCAAUAUUUGCAUGUUGCAUC